UCAGAGCCGGGGAGCGGCUCCAUCCGGGUCCCGGGGAUGCUGUCAGGACGCCGGCGGGCGGGGCUGCGUGUGGAGGUGUGGGACCAGCCCGAGGCCGCUCCCAGCGCUCACAACCGGCUCCACAGCCCCCAGCUCCGUCGGGCCCUUCGCGUUCCUUCGCUUGAGGUGAUCGGUCCCGGGCCCGGGCGGGUCCCACCCCGCGGCCUCGCAGACCUCUUGGGAGCACAAACAAUGGCGGAUGAGGCAGACCAAGCUCAACCCCCAAAUGAAAUGCAGGUGCCAGACUCUGACAGCAAUGAUGCGUGGGACGUCACUGACAUGAAUCGACUGCACCGCUUCUUGUGCUUUGGUUCAGAAGGCGGUACUUACUGUGUCAAGGAGCAGAGGCUGGGCUUUGAAAAUGCAGCAGCUUUAAUGAGACUGAUUGAAGAAGGCAGAGGGUGUGAAGUUGUUCAGGAAAUAAAGACAUUCAGUCAAGAAGGCAGAACAGCCAAACAGGAGCCCCUGCUUUUUGCACUUGCAGUUUGUUCACAGUGUUCUGAUGCAAAAACAAAACAAGCAGCAUUUAAAGCUGUUCCUGUGGUGUGUUGUGUACCAACUCAUCUCUUUUCUUUCAUCCAAUUUAAAAAAGAUUUGAAGGAGGGCAUGAAGUGUGGCAUAUGGGGCCGGGCACUGAGAAGAGCUGUGGCAGAUUGGUACAAUGGAAAGAAUGGCAUGGCUGUUGCAUUAGCAGUUACAAAAUAUAAACAAAGAAAUGGUUGGUCUCAUAAAGAUCUUCUGAGGUUGUCCCACCUGAAACCUGCCAGUGAAGGAGUAGCCAUCGUCACUAAGUACAUCACCAAAGGGUGGAAAGAAGUCCAAGAAGCUUACAAAGACAAAGCAGUUUCUGCUGAGACUGAAAAGCUUUUAAAAUACUUGGAGGCUGUGGACAGAGUGAAACACACGAAAGAUGAAUUGGAGGUUAUUCAUUUAAUAGAGGAAUAUGGUCUCGUUAGGGAACAUCUAUUGACAAACCAUCUGAAAUCUAAAGAGGUGUGGAAGGCGUUGCUGAAAGACAUGCCCAUUUCUGUUUUGUUGAGGAAUUUAGGAAAGAUGACUGCAAAUUCAGUCCUUGAGCCACGGGGUUCAGAAGUGGCAACAGUGUGUGAACGACUGCGAAAUGAGAAACUGCUAAAAAAGGGUAGAAUACAUCCAUUCCACGUAUUGGUUGCAUUAGAAACAUAUAAAUCCGGACAUGGAAGCAGAGGGAAGUUUUGGUGGCGUCCUGAUGAAGACAUCUUAGAAGCUUUAGAUGCUUCAUUCUACAAAAGUUUUGAGGCAGUUGAACCAACAGGAAAACGUUUUGUAGUUGCAGUUGAUGUCAGUGCUUCAAUGACCCAAAAAGUUUUGGGCAGUGUGUUGAACGCUAGCACAGUUGCAGCAACAAUGUGUAUGGUUGUAGCACGUGUUGAGAAGGAUUCCCAUAUUGUUGCCUUUUCGCAUGAAGUGGUUCCUUGCCCUGUGACAGCUGAUAUGACGUUACCUCAAGUAUUAGUGAAAAUGUAUGAAAUUCCAAUGGGUACCACUGACUGUUCCCUUCCAAUGAUAUGGGCUCAGAAAACACAGACAGCUGCUGAUGUCUUCAUUGUGUUUACUGAUAAUGAGACCUUUGCUGGAAAUACUCGUCCUGCAACAGCUCUUAGAGAGUACAGGGAGAAAAUGGGUAUUCCUGCUAAACUGAUUGUAUGUGGAAUGACAUCAAAAGGUUUUGCUAUCGCCGAUCCAGAUGACAGAGGCAUGUUGGAUAUAUGUGGUUUUGAUGCUGGAGCAUUGGAUGUCAUUCGAAACUUCAUUUUGGAUUUGAUUUAAUUUUCUAGGCAUCUGUUCUUCCCAGUGGGUCCAUUGCUGGCAACAGACUUCACCCUGGGAACCCCUAGCCAAAUGUACUUUAUUAGAAUAUGGCACAUAAUAUACAUAUCAAAAUGUUACCUUUUUGUGAAGGGAAAGCAAGAAAAGCAGAUGAUAAAUCACUUUUCUCCUUUUUCCUGUUGUGCACAAAUGAAAAUAAUGGUGGGAAGUUUGCUAAGAGUUACAGGGUUACACAAUAAGUAAUUUAAUUUCAUUUGUAUUAGAUCAUGAAUACUGAGAUUAUUUUCCCCCCCCGUUGCAGUGUGAUGGUUGUUUACAAGAAUAAGUGGAUGAAUUAUUUCUAGGAUGGGGAAGGAAAGAAAAGGUGGUCUUAGCUUUUUAAUAGUGUCUGUUUAACAGCAGGUUAGUUGAGAGUGUGUUUUUUCUUUGGGCCUUUCUUUAUUCCUGCCAUGUUCAGCAAAUUACCAAGGUUCAACAGUUUCUGUUUUUGUACUUUGAGUCUACAAAAAACAACAUAUAGCACAUGUGAGACCGUGCAACUGUGAUGCGGUAUGAAAGUUACCCAGUGAAACCUCACACUGAUAAACCUGAAAGGGGAAGAGCUCAUGCUAAGUCUUCUAGCAGGGAUAUCUGAUUUGUCAAGGAAAAAAAAUUGUUCUUAGAGGAGUAGUUUCUGUAUAAUGCAGUUUCAGAAGUGCUGUGUGCUUUGGAGAAAGUUUUACAGACUUGCUAACAAUGAAAGGCCUGGAAAUGUCUGGUAAACCACAUUCAGAACUUGCAAUGACUUCAGAUAGGAGCAGUGUGCUUUUCAGUGAGGAAGAUGAGCGAAUGCAUUCAUCUUAGCUGACUCUUGAAAGCUGAGUGGUAACAACUAGAAACAAAUAACUACAGUUUCUUCAAAAGAAUGUAUUCAAUAAUACGUACAUCUUAAUGAGAAUACUUCAUUUUUACAAUCUUUUUGUAGAUUAACACUACUUGUUUUUCGUAAAUUAAUUCAAUCUAAUGCUUUUCAAAACUACCUCCAGUUUAUAGUGACCAAUUCUUAAAAAACUGUUAUGAAAUGUACAGUUGCCUCAUGUUCUCAUUUAGGAAGUGACUGAAACUCAAUGCUUCCCUUGUUCAUGAUAGUAAGAAUGUGAGGAGAGGGAAGAGAGAGCUAGUAAGUAUCUUAGCACUUGGGAACAGGGGCCGAUAGCAAUUCAUGUGAAUAUGUAUUUAAAAUGGUGUGUGUGUGUGUGUGUGUGUGUUUAUAGAUGUGUGUAUGGGGGGGAAGUUUAAAAGGUCUCUUUAGGAGAUCACAGUAUUAAGAGGGUUUUUUUUCAGUGAUGGUUUUACCGCUUCUCAUCAGACAUUUUACGUCAGCAUCUUUUAAUGAUAGUUCUAUUUUAAACAGUGAAUUUGUUGUUAAUAUGAAAACUAUUAUGGUUUAUAGAAAUAACCCAACUGUGGUAAAUGACAUGUAAGACCAUCUUUUUCUGCCUAAAUAAGCAAGUUUUUACACAAGUAUAAUAACUCUUGAUACCUCUGAUUAUGCCUCCUACAUAUCGACUAUAAAUUCAAAGGUUGUACUCUGUAGGAUGGGUAUCUAUUUGGUGCUAUCUAAAAGUAUGAGAUUGAAGGUAGCCUGCUGCAGACUUAAAUAAAUCAAAGCGGUGAGGGAAUCCUUCUCUGACACUAAGAAACAAUAGAGUAGUUUUAAAUCCAUGGCUUAAAGAGCAGAUGGUAGGUGUGUUAGUUUUAAGGGAGCGUGAGUUGAGUUACUUCUGGAUUAUUGCUGCUGUUACGAUACAGCUCUAUUAAAAGGCUUGAAGAACUCUUUGCUGGCACCAGCCAGUUGGGUAACACACAGAAACAAACAAGUGUUCCUGCAAAGAAACUAACAAAAUAGCACUUUGAGUUAGAAAUUUAGCCAUUUCCAGUGGAAAAGCUUCCUACCGAGUGUUAUCUCCUUGCUGAAUAAAUGUAAGAAAUACAGGGAGUGAACAUACUUACAUGCUAAUUAUUUCAAGUAAAUGCACUGAUGUUUUGGAAAUAUUUUUGUUAGUAAUGUGUUUUACAUGAGACAAUAGUCAAACAACUGAUUAGAUGUUGCCUAUUAAGCUAGAGAUGUAGAAAAUAACUGAUGGCUAAGUAUCUGUUACAAGUACUUUUUCUUAUUUGAAGUAGUAUUUGUGAAGUAAUAGGAAAUGUUUUGGACUAAAUAUGGAAUGAGAAACUUGAACUGGUAUUUCAAGUAACUUUUGGCAGUUAACUGCAUAAAUUUACUGAAGAUAAAAGAUUAGUUAUUAACAGUAACUGAAGUUACAGUAGCACUGCAACAUUGAAAGUGGUUCCAGUUUAAAAUGCAAAUCCUUGAAGUAUGGGGAAGGUGAGUUUUUUCAGUAGAACUUACUGAAAUUGUAGCUCUCAGGAUCUGUUGAUGCUAGAUAUAUUAUCCAUGCUGGCGUACGUAAUAUGCCCCUAAAUAUUUACCAUAACUCCAUAUUAAGAUCUCAUUAGGAUGUUCUAUGUCUGCUGUAGAGCUAGCCCUGCGGAGAUCAUGUUGUCAUCUGUUCCUCCUUUAAAGUUUGCACGGAGAGAGAGAACCCAGUUGAGAGUGGACAGCGGAAACUUGGUGGUGUGCUGGUUGUUCCUACUGUCUUCUGUUUGAGGUUGUUACUGUCUUAUGAUAAGUGGCAUAAGAAUGAGGCUUUGUUUAUCCUUUUCCAUAGGAAAAUGCUUGUGUUUUAUCUUCCUGCUUGCUGGAUUUCAGUAGGACAGUAUGACUUACGUGUUAUGAUAUACAUUACUACUAUGAAAUAGUAAUUUCAAAAGUGGUACCUGAACAUGUGAAGGGGCAGCAGUUGCUGUUAUGCGAGUUAAGACAAAUUUCCUAAAUCUAGAUGAUAAUUUAAUAUGCAAUAAAUAACCUGCCUUUUCACUAAAGAGGAGGCAUGACUCUCAAUUUAAUAGUGUCUUUUGCAUUGGAGGAGUGCUUGCACUAACAAAACAUGGGGCUAUAAUUUUGCUCGGCAGUUCAGGAGAGAAUCUAGAAGUGGUGAAGUUCAGAAUAAACAUUUAACAGGUCUAAAAGUAUGGCUGUAAUCUGGGUGAUUGCAGGUUUCCUGAUUACUGUCACCAUUAAUAGGCUUUCAGUUAGACUCGCAUUUUGGUAUGAUAUCCUAAUAAUUCUUAGUUUAAAAUGUAAUAAUCUAAUAAUUGUAAUAUUCAGGCACUUUACCAUUAAGGAAAGGAUCUAAUGGUUGGUAGCACAGCAGAAGUACAAAUGUUCAUUUGUAAUGAAUAGCUGUAACCAGUGGACAUGAGAGGGCAGGAUUCUUCACUGCAGUGAUACACUCAAGAAUAUGGUAGAUUUCUGAAUGCAAUACAGUGUGUCCCCAUUGUAUAAUGAGUAAAGAUGGUUGCAGUCUUGCCAAGAAUGAGGAUUUAAUGCCAGGAAUUGUAUAGCAAGGCAGAGUAGGGUUUGGGAUGCUUGUAGGACUUAAAUACAUAGGGAUUAAUUUACAAUACUCUGUGCUUAAAGAAGUCUAAAGGUCAGUCUAGAUAUGGAAUCAGCAAGGCUUGUUCAACUGCCCAGUAUGCAGUGGCCACUAAUAACUGACAGUAAAGAAACUUGCUGCUUUAAACCACAGUUAAAUAAUUGUGGGGGCAGGAUGUUGCUCUCUUCCAUUAUUGUUUUUUCAUUGGGGCUGUAAAUACCUACUUACAGGUAUGGCUUUGAAAGGCUGUCCAACAAAGUGUACCUUCUUGGCUUUUGAAGGACAAUGUUAGUAAAUGUAUUUUAAUAAUGGCUCCAACUGGAACAACACUGGGAGAAUGUUUUUCUCCAUUGGAAGAUACUGUUCUGCUUGAUUGUGUACCUGACUUAUAGCUGUCAGACCAGAAGCACUAGUGAUGGUUCCACUGAUGUUCAGCUUUUUUUAUUACCAUUCUUUUUCUGUGCUCUACUUUCCUGUUUGUUUUGGCUUCUUUCUUUAUCCCAUCAUUCCAGUCACUGUGUGAACUUUGGCUUAAACUUCACUCCUCACUCUCAUCCUCUCUUCUGUUACCUGUGUUCUGCCUUUUUGCCAUCAUUGAGCAUGAGAUAGCUUAGCUCAGAAACUUAACCCAGAACUGAUGUCACAGUAUAAUUCUAAAAGCAGGACAAUGUUUUACCUUUCACUGAUUAUAUAAUUCUCUAACAGAGUAAUUAAUUUGCUCUAUGUAUCAGAUUUUUGGUUUUAUAUCCAGUAUCUGCCUUUGCAAUUAAAUGGCGUUGUUUUCACACAACAACCAUCUUAAGAAAAUGGCUUUUCAAAUGUAAACCUUUUUUUCCUGAAUGAAUUUGGUGGGUCAGAGCUUUCCAUUCUCUUUAGUGUUGGUCCAGUUGGAAAUAAGGAAAAUGUGUACACGAUGAAUAUCCAAGAUGGAUGGGCAGCUCCUUUGCAAUAUUGAAAGUAUUCUAAGGAUAGAAUGUAGGAAUAAACCUGAGAAAAAGCCACUCAUCUUGCUUGCUCUUUUAAUUAUGUUUUAUAAGCAUUUGGCCAGUUUAUAAGCUUAUGUAGCCCUUUGCAACGGUUCACUGAGUACAAAUAGCUUGCAAGUCAUUUUUUCCAAUGGCUUGUUUGCUGUAAUGGUAGAGAUUUCAUUGUACCACAACGCAGUACAGUGUACAACACUGCCAAGCGAGACUUAAGGGGAAGGUGUAAAAGAAGGCUGUAUGCUGCUCUGGGAGCUACGACUUAAAAUUACCUUCAGCAGAAAGUAUGGCGUCUUUAUGUGCUUAUGGUUGGAUUUCUGGUUUCGAUGUUGCGAAGCGUGGUUUCUCUGGGUAUUUCUGCGUUCUAAAGCUACGUAUCUGCAUACACAUAUGUGACAUGCUGCGAGCUUUACAAAUGUUUCCUUAAUAAUGAAUGAUGGCUGUUAUCCUGAUGGUACCAGCUUUGUUAAGCACAAUUAAUUACAAGAAAAAUGUCUGUUCCAUUACUGUUCUCAAGUAAAAGCGUAGUUCUACUCUUGAGAAAUAAUCCUGUGGAAGGAAUGAGCAGAUAAAUGCAUUCACAGCUCUGUCUGCUGUGUGAAAUAACUUUGUUUCCAGCUUCUUAGGAGCGAGGUGUUUGAGCUGGAUGAGCGCUUAAGUAUAAUUCCUAUUACAGAAUAUCCUAGUGGGGGAUUUUUAACAUUCGGAUGUUAAGGAAACUAUUCUGGUAAGUUAAACAGCUUUUGUUCUAGAGACAAUGUUAAGUUGAAAAACAACAACAAACCAACAAAGUUUCGAUGAUUGCUUUUGACUGCCUCCUUCCCUUUUUUUAUUUCCCCCAGAGUAGAACCACACUUUAGCUGCCAUAUCAUGUUUAAACAGCCUAAAUGUAACAUGGCUUUAUGCCAUCCAAUAAUGAAGGCACUGUCUUGCUGUUACCUUCUGUGGGAUUACAUGAAAUUAACGAGAAAAUCUUUGGCUGGGGAGUGGGAGAUACAGUGGGAAAGAAGCAUAAUUAACCCUUUGAUUGCCUUAAGAGAUGACUUUCUGUAACAAAUUGGCACUCAGUAGACUCUGCAGGCAAACAGCACGCUUUCUCAAUGGCUGGAGUGGAAUAUUGCCUUAAGUGACAAUGCCCUGAGACUUCUGAAGUUUAGAACUCAAAGGGUUAUUUUAAACUAUUGUUUGGGGACUUUUUCUAAUGGGGAACAAAAUGAAAACUGGCUUUGCAUAUCGUUAUUACUUACAUCAUUGAUUUGCAGGCUUUCCAGGUGCACAAUUGUUAACCUGGUCAGAAGAUGUAACUGGCCUAAGAAUGAUAGGCCAAAAAUACUUUGAUAACAGCACAUGUGCAAAAUUCCUUAAUGAAAUAUAAAUUUAAUAUGUACGUUUAUUUGCUCAACUUAAUGAGUGUGUCUUGCUAAGCAAAGACUUAAGAUAAUGGUGAAACUAAAAGAAUUAAGGAAUAAAUUGCAGUGGCAAAAACACAACAAGGUCCAUGUGUUUUGCUAUUUAAUUACACGAAUUAAAGAUGCACAGUGCAGACCAACAGCGUACUGAACACCUUCUACAAGUAAUAUUACUUACAUUUAUGUCAAACCUGCUUCCUAAAAGGGAAGCUGUCAAAUUCAGAUGAUAGUCUUGCAAUCCUGGUUAGAUAAAAUCAGUGUAGAACUUUGUUUCCUUGACGAGAGAUUGAAUGAAAAUCCUUGAGUAGCGUUUUUGGUCUCAACUGUGCAUCUUUAGUAGUGUAAUGAUCUUUUACUGAAGAAAGAGGUAUUUUCUACUGACAUAUAAACUUUCUUGAAAUAACCAAGUCUUGGCAUUGGUUGGUCUGGCUUUGGAUGUACAUUUUACUGAAAUUUUUGAAUUUAGGUUUUUUUAGACAUUUAACUGCAAGUUAAUACUGCUAGUAAAACCGCGUUUUGACUGUAGAAUAUAAGUACUAAAUAAACUCUAUGCAUAUUAGA